AUGGCCACCCCUCAUACACCACCAUCACAGAAGUCACAGCUACCACCGCCAGAUACAGCCCCAAUCCCUCGCGAUACCUCACAAUCCGAUUAUCGCACGGGAGAUCUGAAGCUAGGCCGCGAGGCCGUUCUCGCUGAUUUAGGAAGGUAUCUGCAGGUCCCGUUCGUUUCCCUAGCAAAUUGUAUUGGUUCCAUGCCUUCCCCGCAACGUCUGCAGGAUAUGCGCGACGACUUAAUUCAGAGGGAGAUUCUCACCGACAACGACCUGAAAUGGAAGGCCUUCAUUCCACCUGCGAACUCGAAGAGGUCCGAAGAGGAGACAUUCGAGCCCCUCAAGGAAAUCAUCUCUGGAAUCUUGAACCAAGUCCCGAAUUGUGGAGUAUCCUACCUAUCGAUUCCAAAUGAAACGCCCCUCUCAGAGCGCCGCAAUACUUCCCGGCCGGAUGGAUACCUUGUGCGGGCGAACGAUCGAGCUGCACCCAGGAUGCAUUGGUUCGAUAUUGGUGUACCCUUUGAAUUCAAGAAGGGACAGGAUGCCAAAGCUGUCCACGAUAACGAACACAAGAUAAUCUGGAGCCUUCACAAUAUCAUGCGCGAGGACCCCUGUCGUCGGUUUGCCUUCGGUAUCACAAUCGAGGACACGCAGUUGAGACUGUGGCUUAGUAAUCGUGGGUUCCUCGCAGUCACAGAGCCUAUCAACUGCUUCGAGUUACGCUUCCUUAUCAUGCUGUAUAACAUUGAUGGUGUGAUCUCUCUCUUUUAUGCUCUUGGAUUUGCGUCUGCGUCUACCUCCUUGAAAGGGCUCGGAUGGGAUCCCACUGUCGAGCGGAUCUAUGUAGGAGGGAAAAUGCAAUACAAGUUCACAGUAGGGGACGAAGGAUUCACCACGACACGGGAACUUGCCACCUACGGCGCGGACUCUAUGGUUGGGCGUGGAACCCGUGUGUACGAAGCCACGGACGCUAAAGGGAAGAAGGUUGCCAUCAAAGAUUCAUGGAGAGAAAUUGACCGCCAAUCUGAGGGCGAGAUUCUAGAAAAAAUCUUGGCCUCCUGCGAGAAGAAGCUGGGAGCGGAGGAUUUUGCCGAUGCCAAGAGACACUUCGUUGGAGUCCGGCUUUGGAAGGAUGUCACAAUCGACGAUGCCUCGGAUGAGACGGUAAACCCGGUGGUCGGAGAUGAGUAUGAUGGCACCUGGAAGUGGAAACAUAUUGAUAUCGGUCCCAUCCUCUCCGAAAGGCUACAUUUAUCUGCUACGGGCGACGUACCUGACAGUGGUAAACUAUCUGCCUUCCUUCCCGCACAACUGGGCAUUGUUAGGCGAAAGGAAACACGAAUCCCACAGAGAGUCCACGCGCGCAUCGUUUUCCAUGAUGUUGGAGUCAAUGUCAAGGAUCUAGUCCUAAUCUCUCUGGCCGACACCCUGAGUUGUUUGUCUGGCGGACUGAAGGGCCUAUAUUAUUUGCAUAAAGCAGGUUGGAUUCAUCGCGAUUUCAGCGUCGGGAACGUGAAUUGGGUAGGGGGUAUCGGCAAACUGGGUGACUUCGAGUACGCGAAAGAGAUCAAUUCAAACAUUUCUCACGACGUUCAAACGGGAACAAUGCAUUUCAUGGCGAUAGAAGUAGAACAUCUGAAGUACAUUUUCCCACGAACUCCCCCUCCACCUGGUGAUACAGAUGUCGUGUCCCUCCCUCCAUUCCGCAUGAACUUCCUGCACGACAUCGAAUCUCUGAGACAAUACCAGCUGGCUUUCCCUGGUGCGAUUCGCCAGCAAACACGCCAGAACUUCUUCACUCUCACCAUACAACUUCACAACACCUGCAGAUCUAUCCUUUCAGAUAGAUGCUUUAGGGUUUGCAAGGAUAUUGCGCAGUUUGCAUAUACUCUCAAAGAGAGUUAUGAAAAGGCAGAGAAAAAGUACCCCUCGCUCAUGCUUGAUGACUCCCUUCGGGAAGAUAUGCAUACAAAAGCCGCAGAAUAUCUCGAUAAUGCGCAAAAAAUCGCUGGUGAUAUCAAACUUUGUCGGCUCUUCAACCUUCUCAAGCAGAAGAGGCCCCUAGAAGAAGGCGAAACGUCGCCUACGCUAGCUAAUGCGGGGAAGAGGAUCCGACAGGGUUGA